UUUUUCCUCGUCUCCUUCAAUCAUAGCACCGGGGAAGAAGACGAGGCUACCGGGAGGCUCGAGCCAGGCCCCACCCUCCAUAGCCGGGCUGCUGCGUUAGGUGAUGAACAGUUCAGGGAGAGAGAGAGAGAGAGAAAUAUAAUUGAGCCCAUGAUUCUUUUCCGCAGGGUCCUUUGAUUUUGAUCUCUCUUUCUUCGAAUCGGGUUUCUUCGGAUUUGAUUUUCUUCAACAAACGCCUGGCCGGUUGGAUUGUUCGUCGCUUGUCGGCGUUCUUCCUGCAUUGUAUUGCAUAUGGGAGCAGAGGUUGGCUUGCAUGCUUUUCGAAGCCCAAAGUGAUUCAGUCAGGGGAUGUUCCACCUAGAAAAGUAGAGACUCGGGGUCAAAGGGUGAAAAAACCAAGCAAGCCAGACGAUUUUUGGAGUUCAAGCACCUUUGAUAUGGACCACAGCGCAGUCCAGUCGCAAGGAAGCAUGUCGUCAAUCAGUACAUCACAGACCCUUAAUGCACACGGGGGUACCAGUUCUGGUGGAACUCCUGAAUUUGUUAAUCAUGGUCUUCUUCUCUGGAAUCAAACUCGGCAGCAGUGGAUAGGUAAUAAAAAGGACGAGAACAGACCAAAGCAGGUCCUAGAACCUAGACUGAGUUGGAAUGCGACGUACGAAAGUUUACUCGGAAGCAAUAAGCGGUUUAAUCAACGUGUCCCUCUCGCAGAAAUGGUUGAUUUUCUAGUGGACAUCUGGGAACAGGAAGGGAUGUAUGACUGACGGAGCCCUCCUUUUUGAUGGGAUCAUUGAGUGCAUUGUUUUUUGACCUUUUUCCCUAUGUAUGUUGCAGCAGUCAACUCGGGUUAAUUGAAUUGAAUCACUCAUGAUUCGAAAGGCGGAUAAUUUUAGGGUGAAUUAGUCAUCGCAAA